GUGCAGUGCAGUCCCGUCGCAAAUUCGCAAAGUCGUAGUCAGGCCUCGUUCCUCCUCCUGCUUCUUCUUCUUCUUCCUCCCCGAACCCAACCCCAACACGACCUCAGGUCACCACCACCACCACCCGAGAGACCUCGCCCAACAUGCUCACCCGCUUCAUCACCGACGUAUCAACGCGCUUCAACCCUUUCUCGGCCAAGGCCAAGGCCGCCCGGCUCUUCCUCUCCUUCCUCCCUCCCAACGCCCGCUCCAAUGGCAUGAACAUCACCACCCAGCUUCUGCCGCGGAAUUCCACCGAGACUCCUUUGCUCUAUGUCAAGUUCAAGGACGGCAAGGAAAUGAACCUCGACGUUGAGAACAUGGGCAUCAAAAGCAUUGUCGAGGAGGUGGAUCGCCACUCUCGUAUCCUUCAGAAGCAGGCCGACUUGAACGACGGUUAAACGAAUCUCUGUCUUGUUUUUUUUUUUCCAAAACCCAACAAUUUCGAGGCGCCCUUGUUGUGUUGAUCCACCAAUC